UCGUGAUGAUCCGGCACGUUUGACACCUCAAGACUAAUGGAGAAUUUAUCUCUUACGUCGGCACAUUGCAAUGUGGACGUGGGAGCUUGUUUCGGGUUGCGUGCGCGUCCUUUGAGCUUUUUAGUGCGAACUAAACCGUAAAUCAAAAAACCAGUGUUCAUCCACCGAGUGUAAAAACUGCGAAGCAAAAAACUUGAUCGAAGCGAAAGAAGAAUGUCCGGAGGUAUCGCGCUUGGCCGUCUCGCCGAGGAGAGAAAAGCUUGGCGUAAGAAUCACCCUCAUGGUUUUGUCGCCAAGCCUGAGACCGCUCCUGAUGGGUCCGUCAAUUUGAUGGUCUGGCAAUGCAUAAUCCCCGGCAAGCCUGGUACUGAUUGGGAGGGUGGGUAUUUUCCACUUACGCUUCACUUCAGUGAGGAUUACCCCAGCAAGCCCCCAAAGUGCAGAUUUCCACCGGGCUUCUUCCACCCUAAUGUCUAUCCUUCUGGAACUGUGUGUCUUUCGAUCCUCAGCGAGGACAGCGGAUGGAGACCAGCCAUUACUGUGAAACAAAUCCUAGUCGGCAUCCAGGAUUUGCUAGACCAGCCUAACCCGGCUGAUCCAGCACAAACUGAUGGUUAUCAGCUCUUCAUUCAGGAACCAGUCGAGUAUAAAAGAAGAGUGCGGCAGCAGGCGAAGCAAUAUCCACAAAUCAUCUGAUAUGUGUUUAUGCCAAUGUGAUUGACUUAUUUUAUCAGUUGAAAUCUCUUGCCUAAGGCUAUAUUGAGACUUGACCAUCUAUCAUAAGUAGGGUACUGCACUACUACUAGCUCUUAUUUUAUUUUUUUAUUUUUUUAUUUUUUUUAAUGCAUGCUUACAGCUAUAGGCGAUGCUGUUGGUUUUGGAUAUGCUAUUUGAACUAGUUAUGAUUUUGGAGGAACCCCACAACCUCCCGAGCU